CUGAAAAUAUUCAUAUCGGUCUGCGUCAGACUCAUUACGAAGUAAAUUGAUAAUGCGCAUGCAUCUUAAUUUGAAAGGAAAUUUUCUGGGAUUGUUUCGCGUUCGUUGGCAUUAUCAUUCUUGUGCGUGUAAAUCAAUUCCCCAAGAACUGCAGCAUUACUGUGGUUGAUAACAUGACCUGAAUUAAGUCCACUUGACGAUGCUGGAAAUGUGCGUGUCGUGUGAGCAUCGGAACAAGUUCUCAAGCCAAACUGGUUUCUGUUGAUUCUGUUUUCCCAAGUGUUUUGUGAUUUGAAUGAUUUUCCACCACUGCGUCGUUUUUCGGUGUUGACAUUUACUCAUUCCAUCAUAGCGGAUUGUAGUGGGGAAAAAAGAUUGACGAAUAACUGAUUGCUGAUUGGGAAGAUGCAUUUCGCCAUUCUGGGCACGGAGGAUCUCAUUGACGCCUACGGCACGACGUACACCUCCUACAAACUGUACUGCAACGGGACGUACCAUGGAUCGGCUCGCUAUCGGGAAUUCGCCGAUCUCCACAACGGGCUGCGCAAUCAUUUCAAUGGCAGCCUGCCAUCGUUCCCACCGAAGAAGAUGUUCAAUCUCUCUGCCCUGGAGGUCAAUGCUCGCCGGGCUCAACUGGAGAAGUACAUGCAGAAUCUGGGACAGCUGCCCGAGGCGGUAUACAGUGCACCGCUGCAGGAUUUCCUGAAAAAACUUAUCCUACGCUCCGCGCACGAUCUGGAUGCUUCCGAUUUACAGGUAUUUUUGCUCAACGGCAGUGCCAUUUCCCUUCAGCUUGACCCGAAAACUUCCGCCGACGAGGUCCUGGAAGCAGUUUGCCGGGACAUUAAACUCCCCCUUGAACUGACCAACUACUUCGCCCUGUAUCUCGCCCGUGAAGACCUUCCCGCCAAAUACAUCCCUUUCAAAAAAUUCGCACCAUUCGAGUAUCCCUUCGCUUGCCUCCACCUCAACAGUCCCCCGAACGGCCUAUCCCGACCGAAACUGCGUAUUAUCCUGAAAAAAUCCUAUUGGGACGCCGAAUUCGACACGGAAAUCCUGGAUUCACCCAGCCGCGUGGGCAUCAACCUCCUGUUUGUAGAGACCGUCGACGCCAUCAAUCGCGGUUGGAUUGUCCCCACCUCCGAGCAGAAAGCCCAACUGGAACACCUGCAGAGUAAAGGGUCCCGUCGGGAAUUCGUCCAGUUAGCCCGCAACAUCAAGGGCUACGGGAGUGUCCAUUUUGGACCCGCCGUCGUGGACUAUCCCUCUCCCGGCACCCGCACCGUCCCGUAUCUGACCGGGAAGGAUUUUGUGUGUCCGGUCAAUGUCGGCGGGAAACAGGAGGCCGUCUUUCGCAUUGUGAGGAUGCGCUGCUGGCGCUUGUGUCUGUCGGAGACGUUCCGCAGUGGCGGUCCGGCGGAGCGCAGUCCGGACACGGCGUCGUUGAUGUUCGAGUAUCUGAUGGCGCGGGAGCAGCUGCAGUGGGUGACGGUGGUGUCGGAGGAGGCCGUGUGGAUGAGCGCGUGUCUGCAGAGUAUGGUUGAGGAGUUGAUGAUGAAGAAGAGCGGGAAACGCAUUGAAAAGUGGGAGAAGAAGGUGCGCAACGGCGGCGAGACAAACGGGCGGACGGAGAGUUUAAGCGUGAGUGUGACGGUGACGCGCAAUGUGCGGAGUGACAAUGUGGCGUUUGAGGGAAUUGGAAACGAUGAUCUCUGAGCGGAUGAAAAUGUUUAAGGUUUCCCCUGGGUACUACGGAUGUAAAUGCUCAGUGUGCGCUUGAAAUCGGCGUAUCACGAUAUUUUUAUACAUGUAUUAGGACAGAUGUGCUCGCUUUCCAGUCUGUGAAUUUUGCGCCGUAUCGCUUUGUGGCCCUUCGGGGUUGUUUUAUAAAAUGUUAAAAUUGUGACUAUUUUAUUUGUGUUCAGCGUUUGCUUAGCCUUGUUUUAUUACCGCAGCAGAACCUUUUUUUUAUUUUUCCCGAUGUUGAUGCGUAAUUUUUGAUUGCAUCUUCUGGGCUUUUUUAUUGUGAGGAUUAUUUGCGAAAAAAAUGACAGAUUUGUACCGUA